AUGGCAGCAGCAUCCAGCACGCGUCCGGAAUGCAGCAUCAUGCAGGAGAUCGAAGAGGAGCGCAGCCAAUGCUUCGCAGAUCUUGACAAAGAUAACCAGACUUCAGGUUGCAGAAGGCAAUGGGACAACAUCACAUGCUGGCCUGAAGCGGAGGUGGGAGAAGUUGUGGUACGGUCGUGCCCAAAGUACUUCAGAUUCCUCACCACUGUUCUCGGGAACGUGACCAGGAAUUGUACAAGCCAGGGCUGGACGGAUGUGUACCCUGCGCCUUACGCCGUAGCUUGUGGAUAUGAUUCCAACAGCACGCCAGGGGAAGAGCAAACGGCAUUCUAUGGCACAGUCAAGACCGGCUACACCAUUGGACACACCUUAUCGCUCAUUGCUCUCACGGCUGCUAUGAUCAUUUUAUGUCUCUUCAGAAAACUACACUGUACUCGAAAUUAUAUUCAUAUGCACCUCUUCAUGUCCUUCAUAAUGAGAGCCAUUGCAGUCUUCAUAAAAGAUGUCAUCCUAUUUGAAAGUGGAGAAUCUGAACACUGCUUUGUGAGUUCAGUAGGCUGCAAAGCCAUGAUGGUUUUCUUCCAGUACUGCGUCAUGGCCAACUUCUUCUGGCUCCUGGUGGAGGGCUUGUAUCUUCACACCCUGUUGGUCAUCUCCUUCUUUUCAGAGAAGAAAUACUUUUGGUGGUACAUCUUGAUUGGCUGGGGUGCCCCCUCCUUGUUCAUCACUACUUGGACUAUUGUCAGGAUUUACUUUUUCGAUGUUGGGUGCUGGGAGGAAAUAGUGGAAUCCCCGUUCUGGUGGAUCAUUAAAACUCCUAUUUUGGUGUCUAUUUUGGUGAACUUCAUUCUCUUCAUUUGCAUCAUCCGUAUCUUAGUCCAAAAGUUGCAUUCCCCAGACGUUGGACACAAUGAAACCAGCCAAUAUUCGAGGCUGGCCAAGUCCACCUUGCUGCUGAUCCCUCUCUUUGGCAUUCACUACAUCAUGUUUGCUUUCUUCCCUGACAAUUUCAAAGCAGAAGUUAAGCUGGUCUUUGAGCUCGUGGUUGGGUCGUUCCAGGGAUUUGUGGUGGCUGUCCUGUACUGCUUUCUCAAUGGGGAGGUCCAAGCUGAGCUCAAGCGAAAGUGGCGGAGGUGGCAUCUGGAGCGGUUCCUGGGCUCAGACAUGAAAUAUCACCACCCUUCCUUAGGCAGCAACGGCACCAACUUCAGCACCCAGAUCUCCAUGCUGACCAAGUGCUCACCAAAGACGCGCCGGUGCUCUAGCUUCCAGGCAGAAUUCUCUCUGGUGUGAUGGCAAGAGGCUCUCCAAGCACUGAGCAUCCAAGAGAGAAACUGAGAGACAGAAGGAUCCCCAGGAAUCAGUUAUAUGAUGACAAAUCCUCAUGAAAUGACAUGUUAAGCAUGAGCCAACACAGGACACAAAACUGGAAAAGCCACUGGCAUCCAGAACAAGAUCAGACAAGCCAAGAGGCAGCAAAAUACUUUUCCUCUCUCUCUUCUCAGACCUUUCACUCUUGGGUUUCAAGCCCUCAGGGGUAGAUAACUAUGAGUAAAGGUCCCAGUCACUUCAGGAGAGCCUGGGAGAUCCUGAUGUGUCAUAAACAAUGAAGUACAGGGGGUAAGGGAGGGAAGAACCUGAGUCCUUGGUUGCUUUACAAGAACCAGCAUCUCUGAAACAGAAUAAUUGCACUUUCAAAAAAAAUGAGCCAAUAAAGGAGAGAGGGAGGCAAGAAGAAGGGAAAAUAUAUGCCAAACAUAUGAAUGUGCCAAAAGUCACAUUGAUAAGAAGUGGUGAUAAGGCACCACAGACAGAGUCGGGGACAUGGGGAGAAGGGACAGGAGGACCAUGAGCAGGAAGGGGAGAGGCCAGCGCACGUUUUUAUCCAUUUUACAUAUGUGAAGAUGAAGCUGCAGCACCAGGAAAGCCGCUUGGAGGAUGCCCUAGUGCUGCAGUGUGUUCUGCUAAUUGCCCACCAUCGUCGUUAGCAAAAGCUUUCCAAGCACCUUUGGGUGCCUUCUGGAAGAGCAGGUUGCUGAGAAGGAACAGCGUGAAUGCCCUUCUUUGCACUGUGUUCACGACAUCAUGUUUUGUUUGGUUGUUUUCAAUGAACAGGAAACUCGAUUUGCAUGUAUAAAAAACAGGUACAGAUGC